CUCAUUUACCAUUAUUCUUUUUUCUUAUCAAGUGAGUUUUUUCUUUGAUUUUGACGUUUGUGUAAUAAUUAUAGAAAACAACAUCAACAAACAAGCAAAGAAAAAAAACAUACUGGGUUGUCUUACUCCUAAAUGUGCAUGAUAAAAGGAAAAGUUGGAUAAGAAAGAAAGAGAAAGGAAAGAAAAAGGAGGAAAAAUAAUAUAAUAAGUGAAGGAAACGAGAAAUAGAAUAUACGUUUUGUGUUUACAGGAAUAUACUUACUGUUUGUGUUUGUCUGUGUUGCUGUGUGUGUUUGUGCGUUUUGAAGAGUAAUAAUAAUAAUACACGAAUGAAACAAGAAAGAAAAGAAGGAAAAGAAGACCAACCUCGCAACAUGGAGAAUAAUAAGACAAAGAAGAUGCCGCGGUUCAAAAUCAACGAGGAGGUGAUGGCGCGCUGGCCGGGCUCGGCGCUCUACUUCAAGGGCUGGAUAGUGGAUUUCAAUGACAUUGAGUACCAGAUCCGCUUUGAUGACGAGGCCCAGACAGAGUUUGUGGUGAAGUACAAGGACGUCAAGAGCAAGAACGAGUUCCUGAAGCGUUCAAGCAGCAAGGGGCGACGCUCACAAAGUCGGGGCAGGUCCAGGAGUCGGGGGCGCCCCAGCCGAGGGAGGAGUCCAGGGCGGCCCCAGAGCCCCGCCAGGAACAGGUCCCCCUCCAAGAAGAGCCCCGGCCGCCCCUCCAGGAAGCUCCUCGCUGAACGCCAGAAACUUUUGACGGAACAGAAGGCGGAGACACUCACCACCACCACCACCACCACCACGGAGGAGGUGACGGUGUUGACCCGAGGCGCGCAGGAGGCCGAGACGCUGACCUGGGCCAAGAAUGAGUCCCCGGUACCCACGGUGAGGCCCAGGCUGGCGCGGGCGGACCUCCACACCCCGCGCACCUCCACCCCCACCAGGCAGUCCCCGCGCUUCUCCUCCAUGAACGAGAAGGCAAAUGACGUCGAGGUCAACAACGUCAAACCACGCUCCGAGACCAAGACAGGGAACACAGUGAAGAGGCCGGGGGUGGGUAGCAAGCUGUGCGGUGUGGCCUGCGGACUGGGCAAGCUGGUGAAGGGCCUGCUGCAUGCCCUGGUGCCCUCCGUCGCAACCAUCACCACUGUGCCCGCCCUCGUCAUCAUGCUGGCCCUACCUGUUGUUCUUAACGAGAUGUGCACGAAGAAAAAAUGCACGGUGACCGAGUUCCCGGCCAUCCCUCGCUUGGUGCAGUACUACUAUGACCCCAUGGUGGUGGCGGCCGUGCUCGGCUUCUCACUGGUGCAGGCGUUGCUGUGUCUGGUGCCGUUGGGAAAGACCGUACAGCCCAUGAGUGGUGUCUCUGUGCGCUGCAACGGGUUCGUGGCCGUGGUGUUAACGCUGGCAGUGGUGCCGGUCUGCCUCUACAUGGACUACAACAUCCUGGUCUUCUACUCCAAGUUCCGUCACGUCAUGGCCACCUUCAUUGCCCUGGGCGUGCUGCUGUCCCUGGUCAUGUAUGUGAAGGGCGGCUACGCUCCCAAGGACGCCCGAAGCCCCGCCGGCAAUACGGGCUGCUUCCUGCCGGACCUGUUCAACGGCCGGGAGCUGACGCCGGUUGUCCUGAGGCUCGAUAUCAAGUUUGUGAUGCUGCGGAUUGUGUGUCUAGCGCAGCUCCUGAUCAACGCUGUCUUUGUGGUGAAGGACUUACAGGCUCAACCCGGCCAGUACAGCCCCACCCUGCUGCUGGCCGCCACCAUGCAGAUCUUCUACGCGGCCAACUGGGUCUGGUUCGAGGACGCCUUCUUCACCACCUACGAUUACCAGAAACACGGCUUCGGCCUCCUCCUCAUCCUGGCCGACCUGGGGAUGCCCUUCAUCUUCCCCAUCUUCAGUAGAUUCGUCCUCAACCACAGAACCGAGCUUGAGUGGUACUGGCUGACGGCGAUCACCCUGCUCAACCUGACGGGCUACACCAUCUGCCGCGGCGCCAACAACCAGAAACACGCCUUCCGCAGCAACCCCUCGGACCCCGCCCUGGCCCGUCUUGAGAGCCUCCCGACGGCCUCUGGGUCCCGGCUGCUGGUGUCCGGGUGGUGGGGCCUCGUGCGCCACCCUAACUACCUCGGGGACAUCCUCAUCAUUUUGUCCUGGGCCUUCGUGUGUGGCUUCACGCACGCCCUGCCGUGGGUGGUUCUGGCAGUGGACGUGAUCUUCCUGGUGGUGCGGACCCUACAGGUGGAGGCCGGCUGCAGGAAGAAGUAUGGGACCGCCUGGGACAGCUACACCAAUAGGGUCAGAAGUCGCCUCGUACCCAAGGUCUUCUAGAUCCACCCCUGCCUCACGCUACCCUCGUCCAUCGGAGAGGUGUCUAAGAAAAGUUAUAAGAAAGGAAAGUUUAAGAAUAAGUUUGAAAUAGGUUAUAUAUAUGUGUGUGUGAAGGAGUGAAUAUUGCUAGCCAUGACAAAUCACUAUAUGGUUCCUGACGUGAAGAAAUGUAACCUUAGUAGUCAGGUAAUUAUUAAAUGAAGGAAGGUCACCAUUAAGAUAUAAAAUUAUUGAUUGAAACUAGAAAAUUAUUGAUGUAAACUAAAUACUAAGAAAAGGAUAAUCUGGGAGUGAUAAUCAUAUUCGUUAUGGAAGAAGUUAAGAAAUAUGCAAUCAGAAAAGGAAUCAUGUGAGUUAGUGAAGAAGUGAUCGUAUGGAAGAGAAAAAUAUGCUCGACAAACAUAUGCUUAGUAAAGAAAGUUCACCAUAGAAGUUAGUGAAGAAAUAGGAUCAUAUAGAAGAUAUAAUCAUUUGUUAAAGAAAAAAGUUAAGCAUAUGACUUAUAAUUUAAAAAGUAUGUGAGUCAGUGAAGAAAAACAGUUGUACAAAAGAGAUAGAGUAAAAAUAAUGAACAUACGAUUAGGAAAGGAAGUUCACCAUGGAAGUUAAGUGAAGAAGAGGAUUGUAUGAAAGAGAUAAUCAUUUGUUAAAGAAAAAAAAGUUAAGCAUAUGACUUGUAAAAAAAGUACAUGAGUUAGUGAAGAAAAACAAUUGUACAAAAGAGACAAUGAGUAAAAAAUAAUGAACGUACGAUUAGGAAAGGAAGUUCGCCAUGGAAGUUUGUGAAGAAAGAGGAUCAUAUGGAAUCAAUAACCAUACGUCAAAGAAAAUAAUGAAUAAAGGACUAGUAAAAGAAGUACGUAUAUAGAAGUUACUGAAGAAAAUCAAUUGCAUGGAAGAGAUCAACAAACACACAAUCAUUAAAAGAAUCAUAGACGUUAGUGAAGAAAUUGGAUCAUAUGAAAGAGAUACUCGUUAAAGAAGAAAAUAAUUGCAAUAAACAGUAAAGGAAGCAUAAGGAUAGGUAAUUACAGGUGUAGGAAACGGACCUAGGCUGUGAUUCACCUUCGCUCAUUACGUAACAACACACCCACUGGCCUUGUGUUGCGAUGUGUGUGCGUAUGUGUGUGUUGCGGUUUGUGUGUGUGUGCGUACGUGCCUCACCUCACCACCACAUAUAUGCACACACAUACGCACACACAUUGACCCACUCUGCCCCCUAGUGGUUGUUGUUGUUACCUCACCGGUCGUAAUAAUAAUAAUAAUAAUAAUAACACAAAAAACAAAAAAAAUCACAGCAGAGUCUAUUAUUACCGUUUUUAUAAAGGAGAGAAGAGGAUAAAGAUGAUUAAUAAUGAGGAUAAUGUAAGCUGUUUUUCUCUCAAGCUGUAAAUAGUUCACUUGACGCGGAAUCUUGUAUUUUUUAUUUUAUUUUUUUUUAAUUGAUUUGCCGAGCCUGACUGACGGACCGACGGAAGGAAGGAAGGAAGAAUUAAAAGGAAGGGAGGGAGGAAGGAAGGAAGGGAGAGUUGAAAGGAGACAGAUGAAAGGAAGAAAGAAAGGCAGGAUGGAAGGAAGAGUUGAAAAGAGACAUGAAAGAAAGGAAGGAAGAAAGGGAGAAAGAGAGGGAGUAAGGAAGGAAGAGACAAAUGAAAGAAAGGAAGAAAGAGAGGGAAAGUUGAAAGAGAGGGAGUAAGGAAGGAAGGGAGAUUUAAAAGGGAAACAGAUGAAAGGAAGGAAGGAAGGAAGGAAGGGACAGAGAGAGAGAGAGUUAAAGGGAGGGAGUGAGUGAGUGAGUCAGACGGAAAUGAUGCAAUGCUCUAGUGUAAGUACAAAAUGUAUAUAGUCUAUAUUUUUAAGCCACAGAUCUUUCUUUUGUUUUUUCUUUACGUACACAAAUCUAUAAAUCGGAGAGGAGAAAAAAAAGCUCUGUAGAAAGAGAGAUAGAGAGAGAGAUUAAUGCUGGAAAAACAGAGAAUAAAUGAAUAAAUAAGGAAGACUGUUUCUUAAGAUUCGACAUUUGAGGAAGGAAAAAAAAUUAGGAAACGAUUCUUAGCGGUAAAAAAAUAAAGUAUUGUAUUAUAAACAGUGCUGAGAGGGGAGGAUAUACGCCACCUGUCACCCCCUUCACCCUCCCCCUUCCUGUCACCCAACCACCCCCAUACACACACACAUCCCCCUCCCUCUGCCUCUCCCCACCCCCCCAAGCCUUACUUGAUAUCAUGGGGGGGGGAAUACACACACACACACACACACACACACACACACACACACACACACACACACACA